AUGUAAUUUCAAUACUGGAGUCAUCGCUAUUAGAGUUUUGUACCAUUCGCUGUCAGGUGUGAUUCUGCCACUGAAGUCAUCGCUAUUGGAGUUCUGUGCCAUCACUAUUGAAUGUGAUUUCGUCACUGAAGUCAUCGCUAUUAAAGUUCUAUGUGAUUUCCCUGCUAAAGUCAUUGCUAUUGGAGUUCUUUGUGUUAUCGCUGUUAGAGUUUUUUGUGCUAUUGCUAUUGG